UGUUGUGGGUAGUGGUUGCGUUGAUCUGCGCCAGUCAAGGACAAGACCCCCGCGGUGUCCGAGCCGUUUGCAUACCUGCACCUCCAGGUAGCUCUUUAACCGUGACACAGGCUGUUUUGUCCCGAGUCAAGAAUCAACCCAGAUGGCUCCACGCUUGUCUACGAGGUCUCCACCCAAGCGGUUGAGGGAGGACAUGGAUAGCAAAGUGAAGACAGAACAUUACAUUUUGGUCAGCCUAGCGGCGUGCGUGUGCUACUUGAACUCACUGCAGUGUGGGUUUGUAUUUGACGAUAUGUCAGCGAUAAGAGACAACCGGGAUUUGAGGCCUCAGACGCCGAUCACCAAUCUGUUCUGGAAUGACUUUUGGGGAACUCCAAUUCAUAAGGUGCACUUAAAUCAAAGAGUGUGCCGUAUGAUCCUACCCGAGUUGGCAAGUUUGGUUGCCGCUGUAUUUUUUGCCGUUCACCCUAUCCAUACAGAAGCAGUGACAGGCGUUGUAGGACGAGCAGAAACAUUAUCGUCGGUACUUUUUCUUCUCGCUUUCAUCGCAUAUACCAAGUGCAUGACGGGUAAAGGGAGAAACACAGAAUGGCCUCCAUUUUUGGAGAGUAUUUUUCUAAUGACAAUAGCCACGCUGUGUAAAGAACAAGGGAUUACUGUGGUUGGAUUGUGUUGUACAUAUGAAGUGUUUGUUGCUCAAAAGUUACGGCUUCCAGACCUUCUUCGUAUAUUCCAAAAUCUGAUGACUUCCAAAUCCCCGCCUCCUCCGUGGCUUCGAGAAGCUGUGAUUCGUCUGGUAAUACUUGUUGGUAGUGCCUUGUUACUAUUGGUCGGAAGGGUAAAGGUCAUGGGCGCCCAACUACCUGUAUUCACCAAGUUUGACAAUCCAGCCGCUGUGGCAGAAACUCCAGCACGACAGUUGACGUACAACUAUUUACUACCAGUUAACGCGUGGCUCAUGUUAUUCCCUUGCGAUUUGUGCUGUGAUUGGACAAUGGGGACUAUACCUCUUGUGGAGUCCUUUACGGAUCCACGGAACCUUUUCUCUGUUGUUUUCUACCUAUUCUUCGUCCUCCUGGUGUGGAACGCACUAAAUUCAGACGAUGAUCAUUCCGAAGUUGUUGUUAUGAGCCUUUCCUUCGUGGUCUUCCCUUUUUUACCGGCGUCGAACUUAUUCUUCCCCGUGGGAUUUGUUGUUGCAGAACGAGUUCUGUACACCCCAAGCAUGGGAUUCUGUAUGCUCGUAGCAUAUGGUUGGUAUCUUCUACUGGAGAAAACCCAUUGGAAAUCGUUCUUCUGGGGACUGCUGGUGUUUUUAUUGCUGACCCAUUCUUUCAAAACAGUGACUCGGAAUUUUGAUUGGGAAUCGGAGUACACAAUAUUCAUGGCUGGGCUACGAGUGAAUCACCAAAACGCCAAGUUGUACAACAACGUAGGUCAUGCUCUAGAGGGGCAAGAGAAAUUUCAUGAAGCACUUCAAUAUUUCAUAAAAGCUUCAAGAGCUCAACCAGAUGACAUUGGAGCACACAUCAAUGUUGGAAGAACUUUCAAUAACUUACAACAAUACGAUGAAGCGGAGCAAGCGUUUUGGAAGGCGAAAGACCUGUUGCCUAGACCUCGAGCUGGAGAGCCUUACAAGGCACGAAUAGCACCAAAUCACCUGAAUGUCUUCCUUAACCUAGCUAAUGUGAUCUCCAGGAAUAAAUCUCGCUUGGAAGAAGCAGAUGCGCUCUACAGACAGGCCAUUAGCAUGAGGGCUGACUAUAUUCAAGCCUAUAUCAACAGAGGAGAUAUCUUGAUUAAGCUCAACAGGACCCAAGAAGCUCAAGAUGUGUACGAGAGAGCCUUGCAGUUUGACAGCAAUAACCCAGAUAUAUACUAUAACUUAGGUGUGGUAUAUUUGGAGCAGGGGAAGGCUACCCAAGCGUUGGUUUACUUCAAUAAAGCUCUAACAUUAGAACCUGAGCACGAGAGGCUACAGCUGCUUCUCAGAAAACGGAAAGUUAACGAACGCGUGUACUUCAACCUGGGGAUGUUAUCAAUGGAUGACAAACGAUUUCGUGAAGCUGAAACCUGGUUUAAGAAAGCUGUCGAGGUGAGGGAAGAUUUUCGCAGUGCAUUGUUUAAUCUGGCGCUACUCUUGUCAGACACACACCGUCCACUAGAGGCCGUGCCUUUUCUCAAACAACUUUUAAAGUAUCACUCAGACCACGUGAAAGGAUUAAUUCUUCUUGGAGACAUCUACAUUAACCACGUGAGAGACUUGGAUGCAGCAGAAGAAUGCUACAAGAGGAUCCUGGAUAUGGAGCCGACAAACGUUCAAGCAGUGCACAAUCUAUGCGUUGUGCACGUAGAACGUGGACACUUACAAAAGGGAGAACAGUGUUUGGUACAGGCAGCAGAAUUGGCACCUAAGGAGGAGUACAUACAGCGCCACCUUCAGAUUAUUCGAUCACGUUUGCAAACAAUACGAGCAAAAACGUCCACACAAGUUCAACAAGAGAAAUCAGCGCACUCUAUUCACCAGACAAAGGGACAGAGAAAUUCGAAUUACAUGGCCAAAAGUGAGUCGGCAUUCAAACGCCAAUCUUCUCGAAGUUCACAAGUUGAUACUUCUCCUCUAAAUGAGCAGAAGUCUACAAGAAAAGAAAAGUGAGACGUAAGUAAAGCGCGUUGCGUCUAUGAAAGUCAUUCCUAAUUGGAAAAUUGGUGCUCUAAGACUAAUCUGUGAAAAAGAAAAAGAGUAUUAUAAUCCUUUGUAUAUACGGUUGCUAGAGAGCUUUAUACGUAUGUCAUUGAAAAUAAAUCUAGUUUUGACAAAAACAAAGAUAUUAUAUUAACUACCUGCUUGAAGAUGGAAAUUAUUUUGUGUAUAAAAGAUGGUGAGCUUUAGUAAGAAUGAUCGGAGCAGAUAUAUGAAUGUUGUAUUGCACUGAAGAGCACAGUCGUUCUAAACAACAACAACAACAUAUCGUCACAUUUCACUACUGCAGACUUAAUUGUUCCUAAAAAAUAAAAAUUACACUUAUAUUACACCUAUUAUUCUUGUGAAUGAAAAAGAACUUCCAUUUUUAUAAAUUACGUCAACUUUCAGGGUCAACUCUGAGUGCUCUUUAAAAUCUGUUUCUGUUUUGUAUUUUUAAAGAAUCUUCACACUGAAUUUACAUUUUAAAUACCGAAUUGUUAGAUAAUAACGAGUACUUUAAUUUUAUUUGAUGUCCUUUUUUUUUUUACUUUCUUGGUCGUUUAGCGGACAGUUAAAUAUAAGCCCUAUGGUUAAUUAUGUGGUGUUUAUAACAUGUAACUAAGAUACGAGUCAAUAGUUAGCAAUUGAAUAAAACUAAAAUACAUGACUUUUAAAGACUGCCGAAUCCGGUUUGUAAUACAGCGAUAUAAAUUGCCUAAACUGGCGAAAGGCCUAAAAAAAAACGUGGCUAAAACACGUUCGAUUACGCGUUUUUUUUUCACGUUCCUCGUAAUUAGUCGUUUACGAAUUUUCAAAUCAUCACUGCGGCAAAUCAUUUUGAUAUUCAUAUAGUUUGUAAUAAGAAAGUUAUAUUGUCAUUGUAUAACGCUUUGAUUGGUCCAUGUUUCGCCUGAUAUUAAAGUGUAUGCAUUAUGAAAUUUUCGGUAUUGCGUUUUUGUUGUUGUUGUUUUUCCUGCACUGAAAAUGAUUGUUUAACAAGUGAAUAGAUUUAAUAUAGAUUCAUGAUAUGAUUAGAUUAAAUAACUUGAUUUCGUAAUCUCAGUUGAUAACUAUGUUGUUGUUUUAUCUAUUAACAUUUUGUUAAAAACAAAAAACAAAGAGCGCAACGGUAAGGAAACGUUAACUCCAUCCAUAUUUUGUGCUUCAAUAUUUACCACAGUUUGAUUUGGUAAUAUUUCAUAAAUAUUUUUUACCGUGUUUUAUUUAGACAUUUUUAAUUUGAAACAAGGUUUUAAUUUUGAUAGGAACUAUUAAAUUCAAUUGUACGUUUCUUAUAUAUUUUCAAUAACAAAAUUCUACAAAUUAAUAGCCGAAACAACCCGUAAAUAUUUAACAACGUCAUAUUUGUUUGUUAUUAAGCACAAAGCUACACAAUAAGCCCAUCACGAGUAUCGAAACCCGGUUUUUAGCGUUAUAAGCCCUCAGUUUUAUUGCUGAGGCACCAGGAGGAUACAUGAGUCAGGAAAGAAAAAUUGAUUCUUUGACGAACUUAAUGAGAACUUAUAUUACUGUGGUAUAAACUCAGCUUGUUUUCGAGAGUUUUUAUUUGCAUAAAAUAUUAUUCUUCAUAAGUGGAAAAUAUCCAUAAAAAAUAUUAAUUUGCAUAAAUUUCAUCAUUGAUCAACGAAAACAGCAAUACAAAAAAGGUUAAUAGUUUGAGUGCUGCCCCUCUCCCGCACUGGCUCAACAGUAACCUUGAGGGUUUCUAACCCUAAAAAUCGGGUUUGUAUACCCUCGGUGGGCACUAAACUAACAAACUAACUUUCAAUAAGUAUCAAAUACGUAAAUCCAUAUUGUGUUUGGUUUAGCUAUAUUGUAUGUGACUGUUAUUUAAACCUAAUCAAUGAAAUAUCUUUGUACUUGAAAUAACCUAAUUUGAAACCAAACAAGUACUGGAUAAUAAAUUAAUGACGUCAUAACCUGGAUAAAUUGAGUGUGACUACAACAUAAUGGGGCUAUUGGUCAUGUUUACCAUUUGAGAAGGCUUCACUUAGGAACAAGACCAAUAAAAUGUAUACCAAUUUUCUUGACAAAAGAUUAUAUUUUACUCUGUGUCUAUUUGUUGUUGUUUUUUAAUCAAUUGAGGGGAUUUAUGCUUACUUUGCACGUAUUCUUUAUUUUAACCACU